AUGAAAUCAGACGUUAAGUCUCAGCAACUCCGCACUGAAGCAAAUCGUCUUUACGUUCAUCAAAAGUUUUACGAUGCAUUAUUAAAGUACAAUGAGAGUCUCUGUGCUGCUGAGUCGGAAAGUGAAAAUAUGGGUCUCGCAUUUGCAAACAGAUCGGCUGUUUAUUUCGAGAUGAAGCUUUAUGAUAAAUGUCUGAGCAACAUUGAGCUUGCGAAGAAAAAUUGCUACCCGGAAAAGAAUUUAGAAAUUCUUAAAAAACGCGAAAACAAAUGCUUGCAAUUGUUGAAGCAAAAUGACGAUGCAAAUCAAUGUGAAGAUUUUUUAAGUUCUUUUGAGCUUUCUUAUCCGGGUAAUGAUGAACUGCCAUUUAUUGCAAAUUGUUUAGAAAUGGAAGUUGACAGUAAGUACGGAAGAUAUAUCGUAACGAAGCGACAUUUAAAGGUUGGUGACAUCGUUGCUAUUGAUGAGCCUACGUUUAAAGUAAUCAAAGCAGAUUCGCGAUACAGUACAUGCUACGACUCGAAUGUUUUUCAACGAUGUGGAGGCUGCAUGAAAGAAAAUCUUUUAGGUUUAAUUCCAUGCACAUCUUGUUGCAGAACAAUGUAUUGUUCAAUAGAUUGCAUGAAAUCAUCACAUAAACGACAUCAUAAAUAUGAAUGCGAGAUUGUCGAUGAACUUUUAACAUCAGGCAUCAUGCAUAUUGUUGUUAGAAUGUUACUUGAAGGUCUCUCAUUGUUCGAUGGUGACAUUCACGAGAUGGAAAAAUUUUUAACUCAACACACGGAACCGAUGACAAUUUUCAACUUAAAUUCGAAGAGUUGGAAGAGUGUUGAGGGUCGAAGAAAAAUGUUUCUCGCAGCUUUAAGCUUGCCUUCGUGCGUGUCUGAUGAAAAAGUUGAUUUGGAAAAUUAUGAAAAUAUUUUCAUGAAAACAAAAAAACUGAAAGGUUUGUGGAACUCAAAUGAAAGUUUCAUUCGAAAAAUUCUUGUGAAACUGGUACAUGUUGGAACGCAUUACGUUCACGGCAUCGGCGGCUGGUCUUUAAAUCAAAAGUUCAACGAAGAAGAACCAAAAAAUCCAAGUUUCUAUCAACAACUCAACGGAAAUGGACUUUAUCUCUUCUGUUCAUUACUCAAUCAUUCUUGUGCUCCAAACAUUAAACGACUUAAUGUCGAUGACAAAGUUGUGGUGAUCGUGUCAAGGCCAAUUGAAAAAGGCGAACAAUUAUUCGAUUCGUAUCGACCAAAUUUUAACAAUCAAGCUAAGACUAUACGACAAGAAGCAUUGAUGAAGGAUUACGGCUUUGUUUGCGACUGUGAAGCAUGUUACAAUGAUUGGCCACUUAAUCAUAAUCUCAAUGUUUUCAGUGAAGAACUUUUAGAGUUUGCAUGGGGAUUGCACGAAGAGUUGCCUUUCAUGACAGUUGCCGAUGCGAAGAAAAUGCUUUACAAAUGUUAUGAUGCCAUCGCUCAACAUCAUGAACAUUUUCCGUCAGCUGAACUUAUAGUCUUGCAAGAGUGCGUCUCUAAUUGUUUAAUUUUAAUUACGAAACCAUCUCUACAAUUUCCAUGA